UGUUCUAUAUUGUUGUUUGUUGUUUAUACAGAGUUUCGAUUCGAUUCAAUUUCACAAUAUUUACAAAAAUCAACACGAACUUGAUGAUUUUUUCAGUUGAACACCCUAUAUAAACAGUCCUUGCCAUCACAAGGUACCAAAAAUAAAAAUCAAGUGACAUUUUCUGGUAAAACUCAGGACACUCAAAAAUGUCCUCUUCAGACUCGGAGGACAAUUACAACUUCUACGACUACUGUGAAAGGCGAUUUUAUUUUCGGCGACACCGGAACGGAGCAGGACCCCCAUUGAUUAAAAAAAAAUCCCGUAUAAUCUCCGCCGUCGUCCAAAACCAAGUGGAAGCCCUCAGCGAACUCCUCGAUUCCCCCAGAUGGUAUAACGUUCGAGACGUAAAUGGCAAUGGUUUACUGCACAUAGCAAUUCAUCAAGACAAUAUCGAAGUUUUCGACUAUUUGUUGUCAAUUCCGGAUUUUCCUCUCGACUCCAAGAACAAAAAAGGCCAAUCGGCGUUGAUUAUUGCACUGCAUGAUCAUUCAUACCGACAGGCGUGGAUGUUGGAGCAUUUUGCAUACGAACUAGUCAAAAAAGGCGCCAGAAUCGAUGAAGAUGAUUACGAAGGUGACAGUCCAUUUUACACCGCGUUUUUAAAUUAUUAUUACAGGACAGCGAAGCUUCUUAUAGAACGCGGGAUUAAGAUUAAUGUUACGAACUUACAUCAUGAGACCCCUCUUGACUUAGCCAUGUACGAAAAAGAAACUGAACUAGCAAUGACUCUGUUGGUGUAUGGGGCGGAACCUUCAGUCUCUAAUUUUGAACAAUCUGUUUUACUUGAUAACACUUUUGAAGUACAAGAAACUCUGUUUUUGUACAUUUAUGAUCAGUAUUCGGACGUGGAGUUGGGACUGCAUGUUUUAUUAAAACUUGCUGAUGCAAAGUCUCCACUGUUCUACCUGAUUAUGGAAUACCCUGUUAAAAUAACAGUUGAGCGUGAGUUUUUAUCUCUCUGUUUUUGGAUAUUGGGUUCCAUGAAUAUUGAUUGUCUGCAUUUCUUCAUUAAAAAAUUUGGCCACUAUAUAAAUGAGUUAUUUGCGGAAAGUACGUUUUCUGAUGCAGAUAAAGAUUGUAAUAUUAAAUAUCACAAACCUAUUUGUUUAGAAAACUUAAAUGUGAUGAUCAACAGUGACUUAAAACAGACUUUGAUUACUUUAAUUAGUAAUCUGAAUAGUACAGUCAUAUUUCAUGAUUUAAUGGAACUUGAAUGUGACAAAAUAACCAUAACUCAAUUGUACUGUUAUUUAUUAAGUUAUGGUUUGAAUAUUGGAGAGUCAGAUUUGCAAAUGAUAUAUAAAAAGUUUGGUUAUUGCGAAUUGUUCAAAAUUCUUUUGCACAUGGACGUACAGAUGGGAAUAAGGGAAAGUGACUGCAAAAAUGUCAUUCCCGUUUUCGUGUAUGACAUUAGUAUGAAUUUGAACCGUUUUUUCCAAAAUGGGGGUCAUUAUAAUAGGGAUAGUAUUAAAGAAUUGCGACAUUAUUUCGUCCAUCCUAAAUUAAAUGAAAUUUGUUACAACCGUGAUUGUUCAGUACAAGAUUCUCCAGAAAUACCCUUAUUAGUCGAGCUAGCGCGAAAUGUUUUUAGGGAGUUUUUUAUCAAAAAGUUUAAAAUUAAAACGUGCAAAGAGUUUUACUCGAAACUGAACGCUUUGGCAAUCAGUAAUAUACACAAAAAAAUAAUUACGUAUGAAACGAGAUUGUAUUAAGGAUUUUUGUAUAAUUAGUAAUUAUGUAUCUAUAUUCCCAGUUUUUCCGGAUUGAAAUAAAAUCUUGCAAUUAUUACGUGUUAAAAGUGAUUUGAGAAUCGAGUAACAGCUGCUACAAUAUUACAAUGACGCCACAAGUGGCGCUAGUGUAGUCAGGGAACAUAGAGAAGCGUCACAGCGAGUUAUGUUGGUAACAGUGUUUGUUUCUAACUAGGAAAAAAAUUAACUACAAUAGAAAAAAUGUCAUAAUAUUUUUAACGACGCGUUUAGGUGACAAUUACAGUUCGUCGUCUGAGAACUUGUUUGAUCUACAGACCAGAGCGCAGGUUUCGAUUUUUCAACUUCACUUUUUUGAUUUUUCGAUUUCUCAAUUUUUUAAUUUCUCAGUUUUUGGACGUUUCAGUUUUGGAAUUUUUCGAUAUUUCGACUUCACUUUUUGGAUUUUUCGAUUUCUCAAUUUUUCGAUUCUUUAGGUUCUUGUAACAUCGAAAAAACGAAACACUGAAAACCGAGACAUUUGAAAGUUGAGAAAUCGAAGAAUUGAAAAUAUAGAGGAACUGAAAAAUCGGAUAAUGGAAAAGCCAAGAAUUGUACAAUUGAAUAAUAAAAACCCUAAAAAUUAUUUGAAAAAAGUGAAAAAUUAAAUUCGGCAAAUCUAAAAAUGAAACAGUUACAAAAUUGUAAAUUUGAAAAACCAAACUUGAAAUAUCGAAAAAUUGAAAAAAUUGUCAAACUGAAAAUUGGGUAACGAAAAAAGCAAUUAAAAAAUGGAACAACUGAGAAAAAGAUAGAAAUUGUAAAAUCGAAAAUUUGUAACAUUGAAACCUGAAAAAGUGAUAAAUUAAAAAAAUCGAGGAAUUGAAAAAUCGAAAAAACGAAAAAUUGUAAAAUUCAACAGACAGAAAAUCGAAAAAUUAAAAUAUGUACAAAUUAAAAAAUCGAAAAAUACAAACAUUUUAAUGAAAAAUAAAAAUCACAAUGAAAAUAGAGAAUAAACAAUUAAAAAAACGAAAAAUUUAAAAAUCUCGAAUUGAGAAAAUAAAAAAUCGAAGAAAACGAAACAACUUGGAAUUACAUACUUGGAAGUACUUUAUUUUUAAUUUUUCAUUUUCUCAAUUUUUCGUUCUUUAAUUUUUCAACGAAAGGGCAAACUUAUUAAAAGUGAAAUUUUAAAAAAUGAAAAAAUCGGAUAAUUGUAAACCUGAAAAAUUGAAAAAUCAAAAAAUUAAAAACUGAAAAAUCCUAAAAGAAACAUUA